AUGGUCUUCGGCUUCUGGUCAGCCCCGUCUUGGCAGCGGCUUGCCCAUGACAAGGCACAAAGCACCUUGUCUAAGAUCCAACCUGAAUGGAGGCUGCCCAAGGCGGCGCUAGACGAAGCCAAGCGUCGGCCCGACAUUACCGGCGAAUUCAUUCAGAAUCUCUUGACGGAAAAUGAUGUUGCAAUAACAGAGAUGGAGGCCAGCGAGUUGAUCAGCAAAAUGGCCCAAAAGGAACUCUCGGCCGAGUCCGUGGCCACAGCUUUUUGCAAGAGGGCCGCCUUCGCUCAUCAGUUGAACAACUGUCUACACGAAAUCUUCUUCGAUCAAGCCAUCGAGCGGGCCCGUAAGCUCGACCAUCACUUGGAAAAAACCGGAGCUCCUGUUGGUCCCUUGCAUGGCCUUCCCAUCUCUCUCAAGGAUCAGUUCCACGUGAAGGGUGUGGAAACAACUAUGGGCUACGUAGGAUGGAUAGGCACCUUUGAGGGCAAGAAGGACACUAAGAAGGAGAUGAACACCAAUAGUGCCAUUGUAGAUGACUUGAUCUCCCUGGGUGCCGUUUUAUACUGCAAGCUUGGCGAGACGCAUAACAACAUUGUUGGCCACACCAUGAAUCCCAAUGUCCAGCAGCUAUCAUGCGGUGGUUCCUCUGGCGGCGAAGGAGCGCUGCAGGCACUGCGGGGUAGUGUUCUGGGAUUAGGCACAGACAUCGGCAAGUUUGCUCCCAACAAUCAAAUGAUGCAUUACGUGCUUACUAUAGUCCCAGGUGGCUCUGUGAGAAUUCCGUCCUCAUUCUGUGGCACAAUGGCCAUCAAGCCAUCCGCCUCCCGGUUCUCAUACAAAGAUGUAGCCAAUAGCAUGCCUGGACAGCUCGGUGUUCCUUCCGCCAUUGGCUUCAUGAGCACCUCGUUUUCCUCUCUGCGGUUGAUCAUGAAGUCAAUUAUUGCUACUGAACCAUGGCUAAGAGACCCCUCACUCUGCCCGUUGCCGUGGAGGAACGAGCAGGAGUUGACUCUGUCUAGUGCACCUGAGCUUUGUUUUGGGCUUGUCAAUUGUGACGGCAUGGUAUCUCCCCAUCCUCCUGUUGCGAGAGCCAUUUCCAUUCUCAAAACGGCUCUGGAAAGGGCGGGCCAUACGACUAUCCCAUGGAGCCCUGAACCCAAUCACGAAACUGGGACGACCAUUCAUGGAAAUUUUAUAGAGAGCGAUGGUGGAGCAGAUAUCUUUAACCAAUUGAAGCUAUCAGGGGAGCCACUCAUCCCGGAAAAGGCGAAGGACAUGGGUAACAGGCCUCGCAAACCGAUGAGCCUCUUAGAAUAUCAGGAGCUAGGGAUUCAGCUGAAGUCGUAUCGAGAAUCGUACCAAGCAUACUGGAAUUCUACCGCCGCGAUCACGAAGACUGGUAAGAAGCCUCCCUCUUCAGAUUUGCGAACAGGCCCAUCAUUUACGCUAUCACCAGGCCGCCCGGUCGACGCCAUCAUCAUGCCGGUCUCACCACAUGCGGCCGUCAUUCCCGGGAAAUACUAUCAUUACGCAUACACCGAAAUCGUGAACCUCCUUGAUUACACAAGCGUCACAAUACCGGUGACCAGAGCCAGCAAAACGAUCGAUUUAGUAGACGAAAAGUACGAGCCGCUAAAUGAGACGGACUGCCUCAACUGGAAAGCAUGCAAGUCACCCACCUAUGACCCGGAUUCAUACGAUGGUGCCCCUGUUGGACUACAAAUUGUAGGACAAAGAUUUCAGGAAGAGUACAUUCUUUCCAUUGCAGAAAUACUUGAGGCCGCUUUGCAGGUAUCCGGAGACGAUAAAAAUUAG